AUGAAUAUUUCAAAUAAGAAUCUUUUAAAUUUAUCAAAUGAAAAUGAUCGUCAAACUGAAACAUCUCUUAUCUUACAUAAUUAUUUUCAAUUAUCGAUAAAACUUCAUGAUUUAUUUCAAAUAUGGUGUAAAUCUGAUGAAAGAUUUCAAAAUCGAUUAAUACCAAUUGGUAUACGUGUUUUAGCACAAGAUCCUCUAGAAAAUUUAAUAUCAUUUAUAUGUUCAAGUAAUAAUAAUGUACAGCGUAUAACAAAAAUGAUUAAAUUACUUUGUGAUAAAUAUGGAAAACAAAUUGGUACAUUGAAUGGUAUAACUUAUCAUGAAUUUCCAACAAUAGAUGAACUUGAUAAACCAAAUCUUGAACAACAUUUACGAGAAUUAAAUUUUGGUUAUCGUGCUCGAUAUAUUCAAGAAACAAUUAAAUAUCUUAAAUAUACUAUUAAUGAUUUAUUAUUUUUUGAUCGAUUAAAAUCUUUAUCAGUUAAAGAAGCCCGUAUUGAAUUAUUAAAAAUUAUGGGUGUUGGUAGAAAAGUUGCAGAUUGUGUUCUAUUAAUGUCAUUUGGAAAACAAGAUGUUGUACCUGUCGAUACUCAUAUACAUUCAAUAGCAGUAACAUAUUAUGGACAAAAAAAACAUUUACAUUUAACUACAAGUAAUUAUGAUGAUAUAUCUUCAUUUUUUGAACAACUUUGGAAACCAUUUGCUGGUUGGGCACAAGCUGCAGCAUUUUCUAAUGAACUUCGUUCGACAAUUAAUAAUAAAACUAAUAUAAAAUCAACAUCAUUGAAACGUUCAAUAAGUAGUUAUGAAACUAAUAAUCAAAAUCAAUUAGUAAAACAUAGAAAAAAAAAAUUAUCAAUUAAACAAGAAAUAAAAGACUGUUAA